AUGGCGCCGCAGCUCCUGGGCUACUACUGGGUCUCCUCCUGGCCCCGGCUCCCGCAGGUUCCCCCGUGGCCCUGCGCAUCCCACGCCCAGCGCCGGGUGAUAUGCUUUGGGCCGCCCCGCUGCCGCGCCGGCGCAGUCAGGGUGUUAGCGGAGGUGGACCCUGCGCUGGCCCUGGACCGCGGUGCGAAGGCGGUGGAAAUCCAGUUUCCGACUGAGGAGGACGGUGUGGGGAAUGAGGAAGACGGCGAGGCAGUGGACGAGAGGGAGAUGAUGAGGCGGAUGCGGAUAUCGCAGGCGAACAAGGGGAAUACGCCGUGGAACAAGGGCAGGAAGCACAGCCCAGAGACGCUCCAGCGGAUUCGGGAGGGGACACGGCUUGCUAUGCAGAACCCCAAGGUUAAGAAAAAGCUGAUGAAUCUCGGACAUGCUCAGAGUGAAGAGACCAAAAUUAAGAUAUCAUUGGGAGUGAGGCGUGGGUGGAGCUUGCGUCUACAGAAGCUAAUGGUUCAGGAUGGCUGCUUUGUGCAGUGGCGGGAAAUGAUAGCAAAUGCAGCUAGGAAGGGCUUUGCUGGUGGAGUUGCCUUCCAAUGGAAUUCACAUAAAAUGUUGACUGAGCAACUGCGGCAGGAAUGGUUGGAGAAAGUCCAGCAAAGAAGAUCAAUGCCUAGGCCGACAGGUAAUAGAAGAGCGCCAAAAACCCCAGAGCAGAGGAGAAAAAUUGCAGAAGCCAUUGCUGCGAAGUGGUUGGAUCGAGAAUACCGUGAACGUGUUUGCAGUGCAAUUAAUAGCUAUCAUGGAACAUCUUCUGGAUCUAAAGUACCGCGUAAACAAAGAACUCCGAGAGAACCAGGUGAGAAACUAGAGAUGAUAACGAAGAUUAGAGCCCAAAGGACAGCACUGGAAAUAGAGAAGAAAGAGGCUAUUGAAAGAGCCAGGUCACUCAUUGUAGAAGCCGAGAAAGCUGCAAAUGCUCUUGAGCCUGUUGCAGCGAAAAUUCCAUUUGCUCAAGCAUCACUUAUAGAAGCUAGAAAGCUUGUUACAGAGGCAAGAAUGUCACUCGAAGGUGUUGAUGAUAAUGAUGGGCCAGCAGAAAGUUCUUCUGAUGAUACCUCGGAUGACUCAGGUGUCUCGGAACUGCACAAGUUGGAGAACCAAAAUGACCUUAUUAAACAAGAGAACAAAUCUGUAAAUGGAAUGAAGCUACCUCCAAGGACUGUUAAUGGCAUGGAUUUCUAUUUUGAUGUGUCUGCACUAGGUGAAAAGGAACAACUCAGUAUGUUUCAGAGGAUAGAGAACUCCAUGGAAAGAGCUUAUUUGCUUCCUUCAGCUUUUUCAACAGCUCAAGAUGUGAACGGAAAUCUUGGAACAAAUGAUCUAUGUAUCAGUGAGCAAGUGGUCAAUAACGACCAGAUCGACCGGAUUGCAGCAGAUACAACAGAAUUUAUUUCAGCAGAGCCACUAGAGAAUGUGUCCUCACCUGCUAAUAAGUCUAAGAUGAGAUGGGUACGUGGAAGACUAGUUGAAGGAGAAGAAUAA